GGCGAUUAUUAUAGAACACAAAUAGUUGCUACUCUUCAACACAGGGUUGGCGUCUAAAUCAUGUUUCUAGGUUUUCUGUCUAAGCAUCCGUGUUUGGAGCAUUACUUCCGUGGAUACCGAAAAGCCAUAGAUCGAAGCGUCUGUAGCUAUACAUAAAAGAGUCUCGUAUAAUAAUGUCCUGUAACAUUAUCUUUGUUGAUGCUACUGCCAUACACUAGUGACGCGAUUUUUGUCAGAUCUACCUCACAUCAUCACCUCUCUCACAUCAUAUCAACAUACAUUUCAUUUCGAUACCUAAGCUGAAGCACAAAAAACCAUGUUCAAGGCAAACCAGCUUCAGAUCUUUUAUGGUGUAUUGGCUGUUUGCUUCGUCGCUUGGCUGUCGAAGACGCUGUAUCAGCAGCCACUCUUCCCGAUACAAACCGACAACAAAGACUGGCUUGCCGCGUGGCUCGUCACGACAAUAUGCGAUUACUACGUAUCUCUACCCCUUCUAUAGUGUGGUCAACAUACUUAAAAUAUGUUGAGCGUGUGCGUGAAGCCAAUUGGUUCAAGGUCUCAGUCUUUAAGAAGUAGAACUGUUGUACUACCAAGUGCAAAGUACGUGGAGGUCUAAUGGGAUGUGGUGAUUCAACUUGUAUGUCCACCAUUUCGCACAAGGUUCUCGGGGAGCUCGAGAUGUGCAUCACCAACUUGUAUGUCCACCAUUUCGCACAAGGUUCUCGGGGAGCUCGAUGUGCAGGAAAAACCUAAACAGUAAUCUAACCCAGCACCAUUUCCCACGACCAGGUUCUCGCAUUCUGCCUAUCAACGAUCGUGUUGUCAUCUGAGCCUUUGCUACCUGCAAUUCUGUGGGUUUUGGCGAUCAAUCUCUUGGGCAGUGCGUUCUUCGCGAUCUAUCUUCUCGUCCGUGUCUCGACGAAGGGCACAGUUGCGCUUGCAAGCGAAGAGGCAUCUUCCGCGGAACCAUUGUACUUGAAGAUUCGUUUUUUUUUCUAUGAUUUGGACAUUUACUAAAAAGUGGAACUGAUUUUGGGUUCUUUGUAAAAAAAAUAUAACUACUAGGACUGGAAGAGGGUAGACCACGGUACUAUUUGAAAACUGAAAACAACCGAGUUACUGAGUGAAAUAUGAGGCGUCGCUUAUUCUUCAUAAGGCUACUCUUUCUUCUCAUCAAUAUCUCGGUUAUUCUCGUCUGUUUCUCGCUUAUUUCAGUUUUUCGAAUAGCGCCGUGGUCUACCCUCUUCAAAUCCUAGUAUGUUUGUAGAAUCUUACUCGAUUUGCUACAUUGAGGAUUCUGACCUCUCCCGCCAGAAGGUUGAAGCGCAACUAACCCUCAGCGACUAAAUCGCAAUUGACCCGGGGAGCGACUUAUUUGCAGGCGUACUUGAUCACGAUGGCGUUUGUCGUGGAGUCAUGGUUACCGCAAAUACUCGAAUGGUGACUUGGAGAGGGAAUCACGGAUGAAGUAAAAACGCCAGCCUCGGUAUUGCCAACAGGCCCGCGGAACGCGAUUUUCGUGGUGGUUGGCGAUGUCGUGAUAGGUUGAAAGAUAGAUUCAUUCAUGUGCAGUUCUUUGAGGUUUUUUUUUGUUACCUGGGUCUACAAUUUCGCGCACUACGAACAUUCAACUACCCAGCGGGAAGCCUGAGUAGAGUGCAGUAAAUUAUUACAAGUAGUCACGGCGUGAUCUGUGGCGGUAUAAAUUCAUUCCAUUCCCGUAGAGCUUGUGCUCUGCACUAGAACCGAAGGAACCCCUUCGUGUGAAGAAGUGAUAUUCACCAUAUUGCGAACUUGUUUUGCAAUGCAUUUUGGACGGAUAAUAUUCUUGCGCAGAAAAUAUAGAGACAUAAUGCUGUAAGGAAGAAAGACUCUUGAAGAGCAGAAAGCUUGGCAUAUUUGUUGAAGGAGGAGCUUGCGG